AUGUCAACAGCAUUUGAAUCGUUUGCCACUGUUCAUCAAUAUCAACUUGGUCCUAUUCCAAAGGAGUUAUGGGAACCUCUUUUCAUGAAACUUGGAGAGGACUACCUUGACGCAGGUGAAUUCUUUGAACUUCAUUAUGGUGAUCCACUAUCAGGAUAUUCUCUUCAUUUGAAAGCAGACAAGACUUUACAAAAACAUAGCAAUAUCUUCUUGAUCGAUCAUGCAUGGACUACUUCUCCUGAAACAGCCGUAAAGGAGCUUAUUCAAAAUCCUGAAUUAUUGGAUAGACUUGAAAAUUUGAUGGAUAUUGAAAAAGAAGAGUUUGUAUCGGACGAUGAGGAUGACAGCGAUGUGACAAAGCCAUCUGACGAGUUGAUUCAGCUGGUUGCUUCUCAGGCAAAUGUGAGUGAGAAAAAGGCAGAGGAGGCGCUCUUGGCUGAGAAUAAUGAGGUCGUUAAUGCCAUUAUGCGAUUGACACUGGACGAAGAUGCAAAGCAAGAAUCGGAAAGGCUGGAAGAACAGGUCCUGGGUCAAAUGCUAGCUAGUGGUCAGCCUCAAGAAAAGGAAGAAAAAGAAAAGAAGGAGAGAUCGGAAAGGAGAAAGAAGAGAGAAGAAGAGUGGAUGAAGGGUCGUGCGAAUGCGGUUUACGAAAAGAUGUGGUCCUAUAUUCAAACCUAUUCCUAUUCCAUCCUUCAACAAGAUGGUCAACCAGUCACACAUACGGCUUGGUAUGUAAAUGACGAAGUUGGAUCUGCCAUCUGUCAUUCGAAUAAACCAAACGUUGCCUGUCUUCCCUUCAUCUUUUCCCGUGGUAGCAGAGGUAUGAUUCCUUACAGCGUCUUUUUCCCUAUUGAAGAUAUUGCACCUGGAGAGAUUGUCAGCUGUGAUCUGUUACCCAAAAAUGUUGAGCGAGAGUCAGAUAAAUUGGCUUAUCUCUUUGCUCUGGAAAACAGGGUGUUGCUGUCUGAAGAACUUCAACAAGAGAAGCAUGUGUUGAUUGAGGCCUACAAAUCACAAAAGCUGGCGCAAGUGUCUCUUAAACAUUUGAACUCUCAGCAGGUUGUAGAAUGGCUCAAGCAACAGGAAAAGAGCCAACAAAAGGAUACGAUAUUGGUUCAUACUGAUGCUCAAUUUGUUCAGCAAUUCUUGAACCUUGAUGGUGUCAAAUUCACUCCUGAUCGUGAGCGUGCUGACAUUAUUUGGCUCAGUAGCGACUUUAAGGAUUGGGAUUCUCUCAAACCUCACCAAUCUAUCAACCAGAUUCCCAACGAAAGUUGUCUUACAUACAAGCAAAACCUUGCGCAAUUAAUCAAGCAAACAUUUGGAUCACCAUCUUGGUAUUUGCCUACAUACAACUUAGUAACUGAGUUAUCAGAGUUCGUUGGUGAUUACUUGAACACAAAAGACGAAGGACAGACAAAUUUAUGGGUUACUAAACCAUGGAACGCGGCUCGUGGUAUUGGAAUAAGAAUCGUCAAGAACCUGGCCGAGGCUAUCCGUUUGCAUGACGACUCUACACCAAGGGUCAUCCAACGAUAUCUUACUUCACCUUGCCUGUACAAUGGCAAAAAGUUCGAUCUUCGCUAUAUCGUCCUCGUUCGUCAGGCUCAUCCAGACCUGAUUGCCUGUGUCUAUAACAUGUUUUGGGUCCGUUUGGCAAAUAAAAAAUUUGACUUGACAGACCUACAAGACUAUGAGCGACAGUUUACAGUCAUGAACUACACAAACUAUCAGAUGACACAGUUGGAUCACAAGAGUUUUAUUCAAAACAUGGAAAAGCAACAUUCUGUCAAGUGGGACAGUAUACAACAAGAGAUUUAUACUGUCAUCAGAGAUGUCCUCAAGGCAGCUGUUAUUCAACCACAGCCUUUAGGAUUUGAUGGCAUGGCUACGAACCAAAAUACCUUUGCUGUCUAUGGGUUUGAUUUAAUGCUCACAAAUGACUUUAAGCCCAUCUUGAUUGAAGCCAAUUUCUCACCUGAUUGCACAAGAGCUUGUCAGUACGAUGCUCAAUUCGUAAACAAUAUAUUCUCUAUGGUGGAUGGACGUUUUGGAAGAGUAGAGAAAGGUUUAGAGGCAUUCACAGUUUUAUAG